UCAUGCCCGCCCCACACUUCUUACCUGCAGCGCGUGGUAAAUCCGUCCUUCUACGCUCCUUUGAGGAAAUUUUGCCCUAAUCGCAAUUCCUCUGCUCUCUAUAUUCACCACCACCGGCAACCACUGCUACUUCUCCUCUAAUCGGCCGAGCCUUUGCCGGAUUUUUAAUUUUGUCCCUUCUCCUGUCCGAUCUUCUCGUUUUUGUAAGAUUUUUUUUCAAGGGAUAAGAUGGAAUCGAUGGACAUCGUUGGUAAAUCGAAAGAAGAUGCUUCGCUUCCCAAAGCAACUAUGACAAAAAUUAUUAAAGAGAUGCUACCACCAGAUGUUCGUGUUGCCCGAGAUGCUCAGGAUCUGUUAAUUGAAUGUUGUGUAGAAUUUAUUAAUCUAAUAUCAUCAGAAUCAAAUGAAGUUUGUAAUAAAGAAGAGAGACGAACAAUUGCUCCUGAGCAUGUGCUCAAGGCCCUUGAGGUCCUAGGCUUUGGGGAUUAUAUUGAAGAAGUUUAUGCUGCAUAUGAACAGCACAGGCUUGAAACUAUGGAUACCGUCAGGGCUGGGAAGUGGAACAAUGUAGCUGAAAUGACCGAAGAAGAAGCGUUGGCUGAGCAACAGAGGAUGUUUGCAGAAGCGCGGACAAGGAUGAAUAACGGCAUCGUGGUCCCCAAACAAUCAGACCCAGAGCCGGAACAUAAAUAAACUGCUAACUUGUGUACCUCCAUCUUUAGGUUUAGGCAAGAUCUGUUGCUUCAUAGUUAUUAGGAUUCUGUCUUGCAUUAUCAUGUACAGAAAUCUCUUAGCUAGCCUGCCCCUCCUUUUGGCCUUACUUGUACUUCAUGAAUUUAUGUCUAUAUGUUUAUGUAGUUAGUGUUUUGCCAUGGAACUUUGGUGUAUCAGUGUUAGUGCAAAAGGUAUUUCCUCUUGCCUGAACUCAGUUCAGCUAAGCAUCAAUCUAAAUCUAGUUGAUGUUAGUUGCAACAUUGGCUGUUCAAUGGAAUUACUACUACCUGUUUUA